UUCAUGCAAUAUCACAAUCAGUUUGUGUAAAUACAUGUUUAACCGAUAACAAGACGAAGAUAAACGAUUACUUUUGUUACGGUUACAAGUGCAGAUGUGAUUUAAGUAAAAUUGUUUUACUAAUCCCUUAAAAGUGAGGAUAAAGAAUGAGCAGACCAACGUUAGAUGCCAUUAUAGAUGAGGCGGACUUGUUCGUCGACUUCUUAGAUGAGAUGGAGUUUCCUGAUGUAAUCAAAAGAGAUGAUCUCAGAGAGUUAUACAAUACAGAAUUUACAAAAUUCAGGAAGCGUAACUGUGACAAUUACGUAAAGAUAAAUUUUGGCAAUAUUGCCAAAGAGCUGAAAGACCGGAAGGCCAUGCAUGAGCUCGGAGACUACUAUUCAUUUGAAGGUAUUCAGAGCUUGUUCGAGGAAUUGUUAGUUUCGAAAGAACACGAGAAAACCAUGCAAGAAUGGCAAGCUCAAUCUAAACAGAAUCCCUGCUUCUGCCAAUUUUGCGGAGUAGACUGCCAAAAUAUGAAAAACUAUAAACACCACAAGACUGGGGCUCGUCACAGGAUUCACAAGUUUUUCCAUGAAAUUUACACGCACAGAGAUGGUUCAUCUAAUCCCAGUGGAAUAGAAAUACAGUCUGAACCGCCCGUGAAUGAUAAAGGCUUCAUUGAAAACACGUGCAAACCUGACGAAGAAACAUCAAUGACACUGUCUGUUAAGAACACAAGCAAGAACGUUACUCAGAUAUUGAGAAGACAUUUACUAUUAUGGGACACAAGGGUUUUUACACUCAUGCAGAAGUAUAGACGUUUACCUGUGAAACCCAAUCGUCACAUACAACGUGGUGAAAGUUAUGAUCUCCUGGUAACGUGCAGAGCGCCAUUAGAUUAUGGCCACCAUUUCGUGCCAAUGGCUUUCUACUUUGAUGCAAAAGAUCGCCAUCACAACUUGAUUAAAACAGACGAACAGGAAAGUGUAGUUAGAUAUGUUUCUGUACAUGUUAUUGGAGAACAGCAUGACGAGCUGGCCCCUACUACACCGUACACGAAUCCUGAACUGAUAACUGAAGAUGACAAUAUCACAAAAUUUCCGGGUGAGCCUGUACCAGAGUCUGGAAAAAGCAUUUUGGCAAAGGAAUAUAAGCUUACACCUUAUAGACGACCUAAAAAGCUCAAGACAGACUUUGGACAAGGGGUUAGUCCUAAGAAUUACAGAGUAAAGUUUGAUCAUCUGCUAUGGCAUGAGGAAGAACAGAUGGAAGAAGAUAUUAAGAGAUACGAUAUGUUUGAAGUUGAAAUGGGAUUGGGACAUACAGGGCUGAUGGUAUUAGAGGUACCAGGGCUUUUGGAAAAACGGCCUUCCGUUAUGAAAGGAGAUUCCGUGAACAUAUAUCGGCAUAAAAAUCGGUCAGUCCGAUACAAAGCCUUUGUACACAAAGUAGAAUGCAGUCAUGUGCAUUUAGGAGUCGGAGAACGAUUACGUGACAUGUGGGUAUCUGGAAUGAAAUUUGACAUUAGUUUCAAAUUUUCAAAAGUGAAUUUAUGGAAACAACAUCGGGCAUUGUCUGACUUUGGAUAUGCAGAAAAUAUCUUGUUUCCCUCACAAGAGGUACGACGAGAUGAGACAGUUCAGAUGAAACCAUGGUUUUAUAAACACCUAAAUCCUGAACAACAGACGGCAGUGACCAACAUUGUGCAGGGUACCAGCCGACCUGGUCCAUACCUGAUCUUUGGACCGCCGGGCACUGGCAAGACGGUUACUGUUACAGAAGCCAUUAGACAGGUCUACUAUUGCAAGAGAGAUGCAAAAAUUCUUGUGUGUUGUCCCGAAAAUGCAGCCGCAGAUUUUGUUAUGAGGAAUUUGAUCAACACCAAUCAGGCUGGAACUGUAAAUAUGGCAGAUAUCUAUAGACUGUAUGCUGUUUCUAGAGAUAUCAUAACCGUCCCAGCAUCAAUAAAGGAUUCCAAAAGGCUUAAUUACGACGAAUUUGAAGGAGAGUUUUUCUACCCUGCCAAAGUGGAAUUGAAGAGAUACAAAAUCUUGAUAGUGACAUUGAGCACAGCUGGAAGGCUUGUGUCAGCAGCAUUCCCUAGAAACCAUUUUACCCAUAUCUUUAUUGAUGAAGGAGCUCAUGCUACAGAACCAGAAUGUAUUGUGCCAAUAACAGGACUUCUGGACUCGCGCUCAGAAACGUGUGGUCAGCUCAUCAUUGCUGGAGAUCCAAAACAGCUUGGGCCAAUUCUAAGAUCGGAAACUGCAUUAAAGUUUGGUCUUGAUCAAUCCAUCUUGGAGCGUUUUAUAAACAACGUAGACGGAUAUAUGAAGACAGAUUCCAAGUACAAUCAAUAUUAUAUUACAAAGUUUAUCCGGAAUUAUCGUUCACACGAGGCAAUCAUUCAUGUUCCUAGAGAAUUAUUUUAUGACAAAGAACUGGAAUGUCAUGGAGACCCAAUGAUUCUGAAUUGUAUGACUGGCUGGGAACACUUACCAAACAAACACUUUCCUGUCAUAUUUCACUCCGUAUUUGGGAAAAGUGAGAGAGAGGAAACAAGUCCUUCCUUCUUUAACAGGGAUGAGAUUUCCCAGGUUGAGAAGUAUCUGAACAUGUUGUUGAAAGAGAAAAAGGGAGGAGUAAGAAUAAAACCGUCAGAUAUAGGUGUCAUAUCACCAUACAGAAAACAGGUUGAAAAACUUCGUAAGAUGAUAGGAAAAAAUAAUUAUGGAAAGAAAGGUGAAAUAACGUUAGGACCAGUUGAAGAAUUUCAAGGCCAAGAAUUCAAGGUCAUCAUCAUAUCUACUGUGAGAACUAAAGAUGACUUUCUUAAAAAGGAACUGCAACAAAAAGAGUUGGGAUUUCUCAGAAAUCCAAAGCGUUUUAACGUGGCUAUAACCAGAGCUAAAGCACUGCUGAUUGUGAUAGGCAAUCCUCUGGUACUGGAGAUGGAUAUACACUGGAAAAAAUUCAUAGACUACUGUGAUUCUAACGGAGGAUUUAGAGGACAAUGUGGGAAGCUCAGCCCUGGCAGAGACAAUUCGGGUUGCAGCGAUGACAUAUCCAUAGGGAAAGCCAGUAUGAGAAUGCUUACAGAAGAUCCAGCGUGGGUUGCAAGAGACUGAAGCAGAGUAAAGCGUAACAGAGCACAUACAAAUAUCAUCAUGCAUAUGGGAUGCUAGUACAUUAAUGUCAUCUGCAGAUAAAGAGAGCUGAGACAAAUACCAGAUAUCCAUUCAUUGUCAAAGAAAGAGCCACAAGCCACGUUCAGAGAAGAAAUCAAAUAGGCCUAAUGACAUUGGGGCAUAGAAAUUGUCUUUGUAAACGACAUCGAGUAUCAAACAUGCGUCUAUAGAAAACUACCUUUGCAUUAAAUAGAUAAAAUCUUCAUUAACUAUAUUCUGUAGAGCAAGAAAUAUUCACUGAAUGGAAGAUCGGUUGUUCUACCCAGGUGCAAGCCCAUGCCUGGAGGUCACCUGGAGGUCUUCCUCCACCAUCAAAAGUCGCCAUAUGAUUUACAUCAUUUCGAUAUAUCCCUUAACGCAACAAAGCUCAUGUGUUUUUAAGAAAUGAAAUUUUGUUUUUGAUGUCCAUGCGAAAUGAUCGACAGAAUAGGAUUGGCAAAUCCCUGAAUCACGCUAGAGAUUCAUGUUUAAUUUGGCGAUCCUGUUUUGUCGUUCAUUUCACAUGAACGCCGAAAAAAGAUUCGUUUCUUAUAUUGACAUUACAUUUUUCCAUUUGUAAACAAGAUAAUAAUAGAAAUUGCACACACUGUAGUAUUUAACAUUACAUUCAGCUUUCCAGUCAUUCGGAACAACUGCGACGUCAUCUAAGUAAUGUUCUCCCUGACUAAUAUACGCGCGCGUCGUCAAAACAGCGGCCUGUUCUCGCUAAGCAUCAUUGAUAUAACUUUGGCACCUUUUCUUUUGAUGUUCAUACAAAAUGAACGUCAUUAUUUUUAAUGGAAAGGAAUAGGGCGAAUAUACAUACGUAGAUCUAUGUAUCUUUAAAUGUUUGUAGUCCAGUUUGGGUGGCGAAUUAAAGCAAUUAUUGUUACUAUAUAGAAUGCCCAGAAUAUCAAAUUUAGUGUUAUGUUGAAAGAGUGUCUUGAAAGCAAGAUUUCAACGGUUUGCAUAUUAUCUAGUGAUUUUUUUCUUUCUAUUUUGUAUUGUUGUUACAUUGUCCGAGAUUGACCGGUAGAUAAAACCAAUGUGUAAGUUGUCAAAAUCGACAAUCUAUCUCAUUUUGACGUGAAUAUUUACGUUUCUUAUGCUUUGUCGGACAAACAAUCUUACAUCGUUAAAACAUUAGUUAUGCCAUUUCAUAUGCCAUGGUAUUAUAUAUGAGCCGUGCCAUGAGAAAACUAACAUAGUGGU